AUGGCUUCCGAAGUCCCUCGCUCACCUUCCAUGAAGAUCGAUCUUCCAUCUCCGGAGGAGUUCAGGAAGAGGAAAGUAGCACUGCUCUCUGGAAUAACCGGUCAGGAUGGCUCCUAUCUCGCAGAACUUCUCCUGGAGAAGGGAUACGAAGUCCACGGUAUAAUUCGUCGUUCCUCCAGCUUCAACACCGGUCGUCUAGAGUCUCUCUACGCAGACCAGCACGAACGUCCCAACAAGUUCAAACUCCACUACGGCGAUCUCUCCGACAGCACAAACCUCGUCUACAUCCUCGCCCAGGUUCUCCCUUCAGAGAUCUACAAUUUGGGCGCUCAAUCACAUGUCAAGGUCUCUUUCGAGAUGGCAGAAUACACCGCAGAUGUUGAUGGUCUCGGCACCCUCCGCCUCCUCGACGCUAUCCGCACUGUAGGGCUUGAGAAACACGCCAGGUUCUACCAAGCGUCCACCUCGGAACUCUAUGGAAAGGUCGUCGAGACCCCACAGAGCGAGACCACCCCAUUCUACCCUCGCAGCCCUUACGGCGUUGCCAAGCUCUACGCAUACUGGAUCACCGUGAACUACCGUGAGGCAUACGGCAUGUAUGCCUGUAACGGCAUCCUCUUCAACCAUGAAAGCCCAAGGCGAGGCAGGACAUUCGUAACGAGGAAGAUCUCCAGGGCUGUCGCCGAUAUCAGCAUCGGCAAACAGCACUGUUUGUACCUCGGUAACAUCGAUGCUCAGCGAGACUGGGGACAUGCCAAGGACUACGUCGAGGGCAUGUGGCGCAUGCUCCAGCAACCCACCCCUGAUGAUUUCGUUCUUGCCACCGGAGAGACUCACCCUGUGAGAGAAUUCGUCGAAAAGGCCUUUGCAGUUGUCGGUGUGACGAUAAGGUGGCGUAACUCCGGCGUGCAGGAGGAGGGCUAUGACGCUCAGACAGAGCGAGUGGUCGUCAAAGUUGAUCCGCAGUAUUUCCGCCCCGCAGAAGUCGACCUUUUGCUCGGCAACCCUGCCAAGGCCGAACGUGUUCUUGGAUGGAAGCGCAAGGUCGACUUUGAUUCUCUCGUGAAAGAGAUGGUGAACGCGGAUGUGAAAGCGACGAAGAGCCUCGUGGAGGACCAGAACUGA